CCGCAGACGCUGCCGCCGGGUGUGGAGGCCCCGCCGCUCCGGGGCUGCGCGUCUGCCGCCGCCAGCGCCGCUACCAUCGCCCAGCCUCCGCCAUGGACCUGUUCGGGGACCUGCCGGAGCCCGAGCGCUCGCCGCGCCCGGCUACCGGGAAAGAAGCCCAGAAGGGACCCCUGCUCUUGGACGACCUCCCUCCGGCCCGCAGUGCUGACGCAGGGCCAGGGGGACCUUUGCUUUUUGACGACCUCCCGCCGGCCAGCAGUGGCGAGCCAGGUUCUCCUGACGCGUCUCUGUCCCAGCCGGUAAAGAACGAAGGGAAAGGAGCAAAGAGAAAGCCCUCUGAAGAAGAGGAGAAUGGCAGUGAAGAGCUUGUGGAAAAGAAAGUUUGUAAAGCCUCCUCGGUGAUUUUUGGCUUGAAAGGCUACGUGGCCGAGCGCAAGGGCGAGCGGGAGGAGAUGCAGGACGCCCACGUCAUCCUGAACGACAUCACCGAGGCGUGCAGGCCCCCCUCGUCCCUCAUUGCCCGGGUUUCCUAUUUUGCCGUUUUUGAUGGACACGGAGGAAUCCGAGCCUCAAAAUUUGCUGCACAGAAUUUGCAUCAGAACUUAAUCAGGAAAUUUCCUAAAGGAGACGUGACCAGCGUGGAGAAGACUGUGCGGAGGUGCCUCUUGGACACGUUCAAGCACACGGACGAAGAGUUCCUCAAGCAGGCCUCAAGCCAGAAGCCGGCCUGGAAGGACGGGUCCACCGCCACGUGCGUGCUGGCUGUGGACAACAUCCUCUACAUCGCCAACCUCGGAGACAGCCGGGCGAUCCUGUGUCGUUACAACGAGGAGAGUCAGAAACACGCGGCCUUAAGCCUCAGCAAGGAGCACAACCCGACCCAGUACGAAGAGCGAAUGAGGAUACAGAAGGCCGGGGGGAACGUGCGGGACGGGCGUGUCUUGGGUGUGCUGGAGGUGUCCCGCUCCAUUGGGGAUGGGCAGUACAAGCGCUGCGGGGUCACUUCCGUGCCAGACAUCAGACGCUGCCAGCUGACCCCCAACGACAGGUUCAUCCUGCUGGCCUGUGAUGGCCUCUUCAAGGUCUUUACCCCCGAGGAAGCUGUGAACUUCAUCUUGUCCUGCCUCGAGGACGAGAAGAUCCAGAGCCGCGAAGGGAAGCCCGCCGUGGACGCCCGCUACGAGGCCGCCUGCAACAGGCUGGCCAACAAGGCGGUGCAGCGAGGCUCGGCGGACAACGUCACCGUGAUGCUGGUGCGGAUCGGGCACUGAGGGCGCAGUGGGGGCUCCGCGGCUGGUGCCUGUGUGUGUGCACGUCAUGUGUGUUCCGUGUAUUCCUGUGGGACUCCCAUGGU